AUGGCUUUAAAUUUAAGGAGCAGAAACGUGGCAGUAUCAGCAAUAAAUCUUAAAACAAAAGCCAGAGAACUUGCUGAAAAAGUUAAUAUAAAUGAAUUUAAAGCGUCUAAUGGUUGGUUUGAUCGUUGGAAAAAUAGGUAUGUUUCUUUCAAGACAGUAUGUGGAGAGGGUAACUCGUGUACAGCUGAAAUGACCAAGCCAUGGAAGGAAACAGCCCUCCCCACAAUUUUAUCCAGGUAUAAACUUGAUGAAAUUUAUAAUGCAGAUGAAUUUGGAUUGUUUUUUUGUAUGCAACCUAAUAAGUCACUAAAUCUUCAAUCUGAGACAUGUAUAGAAGAAAGUAGCGUUCAUAAUAGAUAA